AGUGCGGCGGCCCCUGCAGAGUGACUACUGAACCACAGGAUGAGGAGCAGCUAGAGGCACAGGUUCCAUCUCUCGCGAGGAACGACGCCGUUAUCGGAAUCUCUACAAACAACACGAGAAUUCGUCAUUCACACGCUGUGAACAAUGUCUGGACAAGUCCUGGAUGAAAUAGUUCAAAUAACGGUGGAGGAGUUUCACCAGGAUGGCCGUACUGAUUUGCUGGACAAUAAUGAAGACAGUGAAGAAAGACCACAGAAGAAAAAGAGGAAACUAAGCAACAGCCAGGACAACAACAAUAAUCAAGAACUAUCUUUCAUUAAGAAUCUUUUGGUUUCAUUCACUGAAUCGAUUAGCCAGCGUCUGGAAGGAAUCGAGUCAAAGCUACAGUCCUUAGACGCUACUUGUAAAGUCCUUAUACGCAAACUUGACAGCAUAGCUCCAUGUGCAAAGAGCCCUGUCCAGGUUCCUAUGGUUGCAGGUUCACCACAGGGUGCCACCCAAACGUGGAACAAAGUUCGAUGUGUUGUCCCCCAAACCAAUGUGAUAGUUAGCAGGGAACACCAAAAGAGUUUAAACCAAGAAGACACUCCACUUGAAAACCUGCUCAGCAACACAGUGGCCAGGAGGCGACAGAACACCAUCCUGGUUAAAGUGCCGGGCGCUGAAGAGAGUCAGGAGGAACAAGAGAGUGGCUCAGAGGCCAGUGACUCUGUUUCUAACAGUGGUCAGUCAGGCGGUGCACAAAAUGGUCAAAAUGUCACGCUCAUCACACUCAAUGCAGAAGAUGAUUAUCCAGAAGGCACUUGGUUGGGAGAUGAAAACAACUCAGAGAUGCGGGUUCGCUGUCCAAUUUCUCCAUCUGACAUGCUUUAUAUCAGCACAAACUGUCGCACGGCAGAGAAAAUGGCUCUGACACUGCUGGACUACCUAUUCCACCGAGAGGUCCAGGCAAUGUCAAAUCUCUCUGGGCAGGGGAAACAUGGAAAGAAGCAGCUAGACCCUCUUAUGAUCUACGGCAUCCGAUGUCACCUGUUCCACAAAUUUGGCAUCUCUGAAUCAGACUGGUACCGGAUCAAGCAAAGCAUCGAUUCAAAGUGUCGCACCGCCUGGAGACGCAAGCAGCGUGGCCAGAGUCUGGCAGUCAAGAGCUUUUCCAAACGCACUCCACGCAGUACGGUGGCAGGUAAAAUAGAGAGCUCAGAGGAAGGUAUCUCGGAUGACGCUGCUCAUAUAGAGGCCGCCACCCAGCAGACCCUGCAUUACACGCUGGCCAAUCAGCAGGUCCAGUUUCAUCGCAUUGGUGAAGAUGGACAGGUUCAGGUGAUUCCACAGGGACAGCUGCACAUUGCCCAGGUACCACAAGGCGAGGAGGUGCAGAUCACACAGGACAGCGAGGGAAACCUCCAGAUUCAUCAGGUGCACGUCAGUCAGGACGGACAGGUACUACGUGGAGCUCAAUUGAUAGCUGUUGCUUCGGCCGAUGGAGGAGCCACGGCAGUGGAGGGGGCGGCUCUCCCACCUGACAUCCAAGUGCAGUACGUGCAGCUAGCUCCUGUUUCAGACCACGCAGCGGCUGUGCAGGCUGCUGAACUGGCGCCAGCCUUGCAGGCUGAGAUGGAGGUAAAAGAAGCCAUCCAGGGUGCCAUCCAUGGAGACAAUGGCGAGGUUGUCCAGAUUGUCAGUUCGGUGGCCACCUGAGAUUCCAGUUGAUACAUUGCAGACCUGAACUCUGCCAUGCAGCAUGGCCCGUCGUUUCUCUGUGGAAAAGUCUGACAAGCGAUCAAGCUAGAAAGUUUCUUAAGGUCACUGAUGAAACAGAGAGAAAGAAUUAUUCUUUUCCUCUUUUUUUUUGGCAAACAGCUCUUUUUUUUUUGUUUUUUUUUUGUUUUGUGUUUUUACGCCAAGUGGUAAACAUUGUGAGAUGAUGUUUACAAGUAAUUUUUUAAAAAGCCAUUACACUCCAAAAUCAGCCAUGGUCAUUCUUGCGUUUUUAUAACCAGAAGGAGCUGGACCACUGUAGGACAUGCUGGAGGUUCAGUUUGCUGUUAUUUCAUCAGCUUUGGAACAAUCUAAUAUAAUUAGUAUUUGGUUUUCCAAACCCCCAAAUCCCACCUGAGUUGCCGUGGUCUUUCUCAUCCUUACUUGCCCCAGUCCACACCAAUGGAAAAGUGGAUUUAGAUGAGGACAGCUACUCUUGUAAAUUAAAUUAAAUUAGGUUGCUUGUCCCUCACUAUAUUUCAGUCCACACUAUGUCUCCCAGCUAUGAGCUGCACCUUUCAUUGCUGUGUUUGACUUGUUUCCAUAUCCUCUCAGCCUCAGAGUUUUGUUUUACUUGUUUUAUUUAUCUAAUUGUUACACAAUGUAAAAUUUAAAAAGCUUUCAUUUCAGAGAAGAGCAUAAAUAGAAGAGACUGUGCCAGGCUAGACAGGAUGAUGCUUGUAGACAUCCAUGGAAACCCCUAAAGUUGUUUAUUUGCCUCAGUUUUGUCUGUAUGAUGGAUCCACUUUUGUGAAUAAAAUAUGUUUGUGGCCACCAUAAAAAA